UCGACACGCAGGCAGCACGAAGGCGCCAAGAAGCCGACUGCACCUCUGAAAGGGAAAGGGGAAGGCGCAAAAGCUUGAUUUUCGCGCGCGCAAGCGCAACACAAGAGCGAAAUAGCCAAUACCCCGGCUUUCUGUGCGGCUUCGCGCGCUCCAUGCCCGAAGCUGCGUCCGUAUUCGUCUUCCUCUUCUUGCCUCCUUCCUCGCUUGCUCUUGUUACUUCCAAUUUCCUUUCCCAAUGCCAACCCGAGUGGAAGUGGAACCCUUCAAACCCCCGCCCCGCGCAUGGGUAUAAUUGAAGGAACGACUCUCCCUCCCACUCGCACAAUCACGUGGGCUGCCAAGGAAUCAAGACGAUGUCGUCGGCGGCGUCCAAGGACUUUUGGCAUGGCGGCGAAGGCGGUGGAGUGGCGCUGGAGGUGACGGUGCUGUCGGCGGAGUCGCUCCGCCUGCCGCCGUCCUACUCGCCGCUGCCACGCAAACUCCGGCCCUACGUCUCCGUCUCCAGCUCCUCCUCUUCCUCUAGCACCGGCGUGGCAUCGUCGUCCGGGCGUGAGCACUCGUGGGACGAGGGCGAGAGCUCGGUGGUGGUGGUUCCCGUGGGGGCCGGGUUCCUGGAGGGCCGCGAGGACGUGCGCGUGGCCGUGCUCUCGGCGUCCGGCGGCCCGUGCCCCUUGCAUCUCCUCCUCGGCCUCGGCGACACGCAGCUGGGCUGGUGCCGCGUGCCCGCCGCCGACGUGCUCGACGGCCUCCGCCCGCCGCGGGCGCUCCGCCGGCUCAGCUACUCCCUCCGCGGCAGCUCCUCCGGCCAGUGCUGCGGCGUCGUCCACCUCGCCGUGCGCGUGCUGGGCGACGUGCGAGCGCUCUCCUCGUCCCCGUUGGCGCCGGCGGCGCAGUGCCACCGCGUGGCCGUGGGUGUGCCGGUCUCCGGCCCCUCCGCCGGCGCCGUCGUCGUCGGCACGCCGUCGCCGUGGGGGGCGUGGUGGGACUGACAGACGUCGUCUCGCUGACCGACGACGAAGCAACGAAGGAAGGAAGCGGCGAGCGAGACUAGCCGUGGAAGAAGCGUGGAAUUUCCGGGGCUUCUUUCUUUCAACUGGACCCUGUCGGCUGUCUGUCGCUGUCACGCGGCUAGCUGCCUGGAAUUGGAUUGGUCAAACUACACGGCCGGGUUAACGACCUUUUACUUAGGAAAAAAAGGAAAGCAUCGUGUGCUUUCCUUCCUCGAUGCUCCUCCUGGAUCACAUUUUAGGCAGCCGGCGCCGCCGGUGUUCGAUCGACGAGGCUGACGUGUGGGACUGAUCGAGCCGGUGUGUGUAUACCAAAGGUUCGUGUCCGAGGCACCGAGAGAUCGUACGUAUACGUACGUAUAUAUGUGAAUGUAAGUGUAUAUCUGUGUGACCGUCGUCGUAAUUGUAAAUUGCUCAAACCUGACCACUGUUAAAACAAAUGCUUCUUUCUGUUCUUC